AUUUGCUUACCCCCCUGGGCGACGGCAGCGCCAGUUACGUGGUGUGGGCUUGUUGAGGAAAGAUGGAAUCGUGUCGGUGAUCACUUUUGAUCCGCGGUCGCGCGGUCAGUUCCCCCUCACUCGGAGAGGUCUGGGGGCCAUGCCUGUUUUAAGCCCUGGGGAAGAGCUCUGAAAAGGAACGUGGGUAUUGGAUGUGAGACGGGGAGUCUCCCCAGAGUUGCUGGCCCCUCCUGGGUUGAGUUCUGUUUAAUUCCCAAGGAGCCACAGACCAGGGAACAGAAACGGAUUAGGAUCCGGGCUCUCUGGGUUUGGGUCUAGGAUGAACCCUAUAGUUUCCCAGCCAGAAAAAGAAAAGAACUAAUAUUGACUGAGCACCUACUAGGUGCCAGCCACUGUACCAUAGGGGGCUUUCUCAAGUCUUCUCUGAAAUUAAUCACCCCGAAAACCUUAUGGGGUAUUGUAAUUUCUACUUAAAUACAAAGAAACUGAGGUUAGAGGUAAAGUGACUUGCCUUUGUCCUUUCACUGCCCCCUCCUAUCGCUCUCCAUAGCUCCUUUGCUUAGUGGAAGUGAGUCCUGUGAUUCACUCUUAGAGCUUGAGGAGAAUGAACCCUAUUGAAGGGAUUUUGUCUUGUUUUUCGCCAGAUCCUAGCAUCCUCUUCAAUUCCAGCUAAAAUGCUGUGGCAGGCACUUCGCAGAUUUGGUCAAAAGCUGGUUCGAAGACGUGCACUGGAACCUGGCAUGGCUGGGACUCGCCUUACCAGAUGCCUGAACACUCUGGAUUUAGUGGCCCUGGGUGUGGGCAGCACUUUGGGUGCUGGUGUGUACGUCCUGGCUGGUGAGGUAGCCAAAGAUAAAGCAGGACCAUCCAUUGUGAUCUGCUUUUUGGUGGCUGCCUUAUCUUCUGUGUUGGCUGGGCUGUGCUAUGCCGAGUUUGGGGCCCGGGUUCCCCGUUCUGGUUCUGCAUAUCUCUACAGCUAUGUCACCGUGGGUGAACUCUGGGCCUUCACCACUGGCUGGAAUCUCAUCCUCUCCUAUGUCAUUGGUACAGCCAGUGUGGCCCGGGCCUGGAGCUCUGCUUUUGACAACCUGAUUGGGAACCAAAUUUCCCAGACCCUUCAGGGGAGCGUCUCACUGCAUGUGCCUCAUGUCCUUGCAGGAUAUCCAGAUUUUUUUGCAAUGGGCAUUGUUUUGUUGCUCACUGGAUUGCUGGCUGUGGGGGCUAGUGAGUCGGCCCUGGUUACCAAAGUGUUCACAGGGAUGAAUCUUUUGGUUCUCGGCUUUGUCAUUGUCUCCGGCUUCAUUAAGGGGGAUCUGCACAACUGGAGGCUCACUGAAGAUGACUAUGCAUUGGCCAUGACUGGACCCAAUGACACCUAUAGCUUGGGCCCUCUGGGAUCUGGAGGAUUUGUGCCUUUUGGCUUCGAGGGGAUUCUCCGUGGAGCAGCUACCUGUUUCUACGCAUUUGUCGGUUUCGACUGUAUUGCUACCACUGGGGAAGAGGCCUACAAUCCCCAGCGUUCCAUCCCCAUGGGCAUUGUGAUCUCGCUGUUCGUCUGCUUUUUGGCAUAUUUUGGUGUCUCCUCUGCACUCACGCUCAUGAUGCCUUACUACCAGCUUCAACCUGAGAGCCCCUUGCCUGAGGCAUUUCUCCAUAUUGGAUGGGCCCCUGCCCGCUAUGUUGUGGCUAUUGGCUCACUUUGUGCUCUUUCUACAAGCCUGUUAGGCUCUAUGUUCCCCAUGCCUCGGGUGAUCUACGCGAUGGCAGAAGAUGGCCUCCUGUUCCAUUUCCUUGGUCGGAUCCACACUACCACAUGCACACCCGUUGUGGCCACUGUGGUCUCCGGCAUUAUCGCAGCAUUCAUGGCAUUUAUCUUUGAACUCACUGAUCUUGUGGACCUCAUGUCAAUUGGGACCCUGCUUGCUUACUCCUUGGUGGCUAUUUGUGUUCUCAUCCUCAGGUAUCAGCCUGACCAGGAGAUAAAGAAUGGGGAAGAUGAAGUGGUGUUGGAGGGGGAGAAGAUACCUGAAGCAAAGUUCAGUCUACGGGGACUAUUUUGCCCAUCCAAAUCCACCCCCACUCUACUGUCUGGCCAAGUUGUCUAUAUUUGUUCAUCACUUCUUGCUCUACUGCUGACUGUCCUAUGCCUGGUGCUGACCCAGUGGCCAGUUCCACUGCUUUCUGGAGACCCAGUGUGGAUUGCAGUGGUUGUGCUGCUCCUGAUGCUCAUUGCUGGUGUUACUGGGAUCAUCUGGAGACAGCCACAGAGCUCUACUUCUCUUCACUUCAAGGUGCCUGCUUUGCCUCUUCUGCCACUAGUGAGCAUCUUUGUGAAUAUUUAUCUUAUGAUGCAUAUGACAGCUGGCACCUGGGCCCGAUUUGCGGUCUGGAUGCUGAUUGGUUUUGCUAUCUACUUUGGCUAUGGGAUCCGGCACAGCCUGGAAGAGAUUAAGAGUGACCAACCCCCGCUCAAUCCUAGCACCGAAACUGUAGACCUUGAUCUCAGCAGUUCCUCAAUUUGACAUCAUCACACCUGAAUGCUGUCUGGUAUCCCUACACAAUAAUGGAGAUGCCUCCUGACCCCAGCAGAGCUAGGCCUCCAUGGGAUAUUGGUGGGGGUCAUAAUACAGCUCUGUAUUUACUGGAAUGAAGGGUGUCUUUGAUGCUUCCUGUCUCCUUUUUUCACUUGUCUACUUUCUGAUUAUGUCUCUAACUUCUUCUGUAGGGUUGCUAUGAGUCGGAAUCGACUCGACAGCACUGGGUCUGGGUAUAACUUCUUAUUGGCUUUAAAACAUUAUUAAAAGAAAGUAAAAAAGAAACUGUAUGUCUUAUUCUCUGCUAGCCGAAGAUGAUGUUAAGUCUGACUUUAAGGGUGAAGAAUUUCAGAGGAAGUCACUUGUUUGCUUUUGCUUCAGUCACUACAACACAUCUGUUAUACCUGUGUGUGCUUCUUGUUGGCUCAGAGUUUGAGGAUGGUGAUAUAAGCAGCUGCCAAGUCUAAUCACGAUUAAAGGAAUGAUCUCGAGAUACGUUUUCCCCUUGAUACACUAAAGGUUAGGUUCUGAAUAAAUAGACAUCAAUAUUUGUCUCUGAGAUUUGAGGGUGAACUCUGAUCUCAACAUUGGUAUUGGUUAGGGCCUACACUGAGACCAUUGUCUCCUGUUCCACCCCUUUUAGUUGGACCAGUUCCAGACUCCUACGAUUGCUUUAACAACAGAAAUUUUGGCUGGGCUG